GAGUUGCAGUGGCGCCCGGGCGAGCUGCGCGGCGCGCUGGGUGCAUGUGGGGGCCGCACCAGAGCCGUGGUCACUGCAUCUGGAGUCACGCGUGCUGGCCAGAAACCCCUCGCGUGAAUCUGCAAGCAUCGCUGCUCUGGCUGGAGGAGCUCCCUCUUUUUCUCCGGCUCCAGAAGCUGCUGCCGGCGUGAAGGAAACCAGCAGGGCCCUAGGCAGAAGGUUAAAACCCCACGGAAGGAACAUGAGGAUCCCUUGGAGAUCAUUCAAGAGGACGAUGGAAGGAGCCAUUUAGAGUAAAUAGAGUGAAAACUACAGGCUGCCACACUGGGGCCUGAAGGUUGGCAGUGGAAAACCCUGCUGGGCUGUGAUCUCUCACUCCAAAGUCCCAAGUGCCUUUUUGCUUCCUGCAAAAGGAAGGAAGCCAAGGAGGAGACCAUGUCCAUCGCCCUGAAGCAAGUGUUCAACAAGGACAAGACCUUCCGGCCCAAGAGGAAGUUUGAACCCGGCACACAGAGGUUUGAGCUGCAUAAACGGGCUCAGGCAUCCCUCAAUUCGGGUGUGGACCUGAGGGCAGCCGUGCAGUUACCCAGCGGGGAGGACCAGAACGACUGGGUGGCUGUGCACGUGGUGGACUUCUUCAAUCGCAUUAACCUCAUCUACGGCACCAUCUGCGAGUUCUGCACUGAGCGGACCUGCCCUGUGAUGUCAGGGGGCCCCAAAUAUGAGUAUCGGUGGCAGGAUGACCUCAAGUAUAAGAAACCAACUGCACUACCCGCUCCCCAGUACAUGAAUCUGCUUAUGGAUUGGAUUGAAGUCCAAAUAAACAAUGAGGACAUAUUUCCAACAUGUGUUGGCGUCCCCUUCCCAAAGAACUUCCUCCAAAUCUGCAAGAAGAUCCUGUGCCGCCUCUUUCGGGUCUUCGUCCACGUCUACAUCCAUCACUUUGACCGCGUCAUUGUGAUGGGCGCCGAGGCUCACGUCAACACCUGCUACAAACACUUCUAUUACUUCGUCACGGAGAUGAACCUCAUAGACCGCAAGGAGCUGGAGCCCUUGAAAGAGAUGACAACCAGGAUGUGUCACUAACACUCCACCUCGUCUUCUGGAAGAAAGGAACACUGUUUCCACCAGGAGGCCCCCAUGGGACAGAAAGUGGCCCUCGGUGGCUGAAGCGAUCCCCGACUUCCAGGAGCCGGAAAGCUGGAGCCCCACAAGGACUUCUGGAAGACGUCUCUUACCCACUUCUCAUGCUCUUAACCCUCUAAGUGCUGCUAGCCAGGACCUGUGGGCCAUGCGGACCACAGCAUGAAGGACCAGCCUUAACCCCUUGGGCCGAGGACAGAGCAGGAGAGGCUGCCGCCGCUUCCACCCCGCAUCUCACUUCUGCCUGUGACCUGCCCGCUAGGCUUUACUGGAAUUCAGGUUUUGCGACUGAGGGGUUUGCUGGGGCGGUUCUUUUCCACCUACGUCUUCUUGACUAACUUCUCCGUCACUUAUUUUUCUAAGUUUUGAGCACGCGCGCGGAGCUACCAUAUAGGCAGUACGGUUUUCCUAUCCCACCUCUCCUCCACUCCCUGCUGGUCUCUGGGCCUGUGGCUUAACCUGACGUGGGGACUUGGAGCUGGGGAAAGCCUGCCGUUCCUCUGGAAACAUCCAGGCCAUUUCCUUCCUGGGCAGUUUCACCAGGGACCACUCCCUUGAUGGGCUACAUGAUCUGUACCCCCAGACAGCCCAUUCCCAGGCUACCCUUUGGGACGAGUCUAGAGACGGGAAAUAAAGCUGGGUGUGCGAUCUGUUCACCCUAGUCGGAAUGUACUCUUUGUAGCCCCAGCCGUUUCUAGAUGCUCCCAUGAAAGAUAAACUUUCCCAUUUCCCAGAAGAGAGGAAAUAAAGUUUUAAAAUGACCAGUAAGAUCCUCGAGCCAGAUUAGUGCAGUGUUUGUUCAUUAUUAAGGGGUAGUGAGUCCUGGCUGAUCCUACGUAUUAUAUUAUGGGGAGUUCAUUGACAACAGACAGUUGGUACAUAUAGAUUAAAUGCCCUUGAUGUGUAGCCUUCCCAACUGACUCCUCCAUCCCAUUUCCCU